GUGGUGCUGACAUAAAAGGUAAAGUCGCACAGAACUCGAGUCACUCGACCUUUUUUUUUCUCAAAAACCGAUCGUCUCCGUUGAUGGCUCAAAUGAAUGCUCACUCUCCGUAGAUAUUGAAACCUCUAAUGCAUGUUACAUUCCCAGAGAAGCAGCCAAAGAAAUCGUCCUGUUAAACAUUCUCAGAGCUAAUAUGGUCAAGGGCAAGGCUCGGCCUUACCUCUUAAUUCUCCCCUAUGUUGGUGUCAUCUUUGCUUUCGCUACUUCAUUUGUACUCAAAUAAAGAUACUAGAACAGGUGGAGCUACUUCAUCCACUACUGGGCUUCCACAUGAUGAGGAGGUGGCUAAGUUGUUUCAAGCCUUACUGCGAAUGGCUUCCCUUGAGCUUGAGGGCACAAACGGGUUUAAUAGGAGGCUGAAAUUUUUGAAGAUGUUCAUUAGUCUGUCACCUCCGGAGUAUGCAGGAAAUCUUGAUUAUUCUUUGGAAGGGCUGGAGUGGUUACGAAGGGUAAAGCAAUGUUUUGAUGUUCUUGAUGUACCUGGAGACCUAAGAGUUGGGUUUGCAGUCUAUACUCUUACUGGAGCGGCUAGCUACUGGUGGGAUUUUGUUAAAAGGACCUGUGAUGUGGAAUCGAUGAAUUGGGAUGACUUUGAGCAGAUAUUUUUGAAUAGGUACUUUCCUGAGACUAUAAGGCUAGCUAAAGUAGAAGAAUUCCUCAAUUUGACACAGGGGGAAAUGACAGUUUCUCAGUAUGAUUCUAAGUUCAUUGAAUUAUCAUGGCAUGCACCUAAUCUUCUGACUUCGGAUAAAGAUAGGGCAGGGAAGUUUUUACGCGGGUUGAGGCCUUCCAUCGGUAUGUCUAUACCUAGUUUUAUGUAUAAUACUUAUCAUGAGGCGGUGGCAGCAGCACUGAAAGUAGAACAAAUUGAAAUUAUCGAGUAUCAGUGUGUGCAAGAGUCAUUUGAGGGAGCUUCUGGUAGAGGGGGAAAAAGGCAAAGAUAUACUUGCCACAACUGUGGUGAGCCUGGUCAUAUUCGGCCUCAUUGCCCAUAUAAUCCGUCAUCUUCCUCACUGUAGCAUUGAAGCAAAACAUAUGCCGUCGUUUUUGGAGAGCUUUACUUGUCAAAAUCUCAUUAUGAUGAUGAAAAGAAAGAAUCAAUGGUAUGAUGUGCUUGUGCUAGCCAGUGAUAUUAGUUUUGUUGCUGUUUUGAUAUGCGAGGGAGGUAUGUUAAUUUUUGAUUUUAUAACUCUUGGGCAACUGUCAUGGUUUUUAUUUCUGUGGCUUCCUUAGAUAUAUGAAAUGGGGGGAACUAAAAGUGUGACUUAUGCCUUAUUAUGGGGAAAUUUCCCUUAUUAUUAUGCCUCUCUUUUCUUUUCUUUUCUUUUGUUUCCUUACCGGCAUAUACGGUCAAUUUACUGAACUGCAAGAACCAAAGGAAUUAAUACAAAAGAAUGCACUUGAAUCCAACUUCAACUACAAGUCAUGGUGGGAAGUGUCCUUUCAGUUUCGCAUAAGUCAAUUGGAGACGGAUGAACACCAGUGUCUUCAUAUUUUUUAUUUUUUAAGAACUACCAAAGUUAGAUCCAUAUGAUUGAUUACAUUCACGUUCACGUAGAACAUUCCUCUAUAGUAGAUGUUGUUUCUUAUAAUGUGGAAACCUAGUUUGGUCCUCUCCUACGAUACCCAACUGUUCCAGUUUGGAUCAAA